GCCACGAAGAAGGCUGUAUCUUUCCCUUGUGUCGACAUAACGUCUGCAUGGAACGCGCAUUGUUAUUCGUUCAAGAAAACCAGAGGGUGACCAGAUUUUGUCUUGAACGGUUUGCAGUGGGCAUAUUCAAUUCGAUCCCUUCUGCCUCCUUCUCUCUCGCUCCCUCAAGCGGCUGUCACAUGUUUCUUUUGGUCAAUUCCUCCGGCUGGUCGCACAGACCAAACACAACCUGAAACUGUUACACUUCUCAGGGAAGCGUUUAAGCGUCUCGUUCAAAAAACCUGACUGGUUGACGUCAAAAGAUUAAACUACUUGAAACGAUGUGCGAAUAAUUGCGCAUGGAGGGCUGAAGCAGACACGGGCGCACGAGAAAUACAGCGCACCUAAAAGCGUCCUCGAGACCCCGUGCCUGGCGUUCGCGUGCUGUCUGGGAAGUUUCUGCGCGAAGCUCGUGACAUCAGCUGUCCACUCAAGCGUUUUCAUCCCCAACGAGAAGACUUGGAAAUCCAUAGGUUGUAUAACCCGUCGGAGCAAGUACAGUAUACUAGGCGUAGUCUUUAAAAAGGGGCUAAGGGGUGCAUACACCAAUGCCAAGAAAUCUCAUUCUGGAAACAUCGCCCAAGGAAAACGAUAUCUUUCAGUGGAGGAUGGAGCCGGUCGCCACGGUGAGGUGGUCACCAGGAGACGGACCCUCGUCGUCAAGGAGUCCACAGUCCUGCUGCUCCAAGCUCAAGAUGUUCCUGGCAGCCUUGUCCUUUGCCUACUUUGCCAAGGCUUUAUCUGGGAGCUAUAUGAAAAGCACAAUCACCCAGCUGGAGAGGCGCUUUGAUAUUCCUAGCUACUUAAUAGGAGUUAUUGACGGAAGCUUUGAAAUCGGUAACCUGCUGGUCAUAGCGUUCGUCAGCUACUUCGGGGCGAAGCUGCACAGGCCGAAGAUCAUCGCCAUCGGCUGCCUCCUCAUGUCUCUCGGGACCAUCCUCAUGGCCAUGCCUCACUUCAUCAUCGGACGCUAUAAGUUCGAAACGUCAAUUAGAUCUUCAGUGAACUCAACCAAUAACCUCUCUCCAUGUCCAGCAAGCUCACCUGACCCUCUGCCUGCAGGUGACGUGGCCUCCAGCACACCCGGUGCAGGGUGUGAGCGAGAGUCCAGUCUCUCCAUGUGGUUUUAUCUCUUCCUGGGAAACGUUUUGCGUGGAAUCGGUGAAACUCCUGUCCAGCCGCUGGGAAUAUCAUAUAUUGAUGAUUUUGCUCAAGAGGACAAUGCAGCCUUCUACAUUGGUUGUGUUCAGACAAUAUCCAUCAUUGGUCCGGUGUUUGGCUACUUACUGGGAUCCUUGUGUGCCAAAAUCUAUGUGGAUAUUGGAUUUGUAGACAUGGACACUGUGACCAUCACUCCGGGCGAUGCUCGCUGGGUUGGUGCCUGGUGGCUGGGGUACAUCAUCGCCGGCAUCAUCACCCUCCUCUCCGCUGUCCCUUUCUGGUUCCUGCCCAAAUCGCUGCCGGUGCCGGUGACGCAGUGCGACACUCAGCGCUCCCCAGAGGAGUCCGGCUUCAUCAAGGACGCCCCGCACGUGGGCCACAAGUACCGGCCGGAGGAGGCCACCAGCAUCGUGGAGAUGGCCAAAGAAUUCCUGCCAUCUUUGAGGAGCCUGCUGGGAAACCCUGUGUACUUCAUCUACCUCUGCGUGACCAUCAUCCAGUUCAACUCCCUGAUCGGCAUGGUCACGUACAAACCCAAGUACAUCGAGCAGCACUACGGACAGUCGGCCUCCAAAGCCAACUUCCUCAUGGGCGUCAUCAACAUCCCUGCCGUCGCCCUGGGCAUGUUCCUCGGGGGCGUGGCCAUGAAGAGGUUCAAGCUGAGUGUGAUGGGGGCGGCCAAGCUGGCCUUCGGGACGUCCCUGGUGGGCUACUUCCUGUCCCUGUCCUUCCUGAUGAUGGGGUGCGAGAACGCCAGGGUGGCUGGGAUCACGGUGUCCUACCAGGGAGUGGAUGGAAUAUCUUACCAUGAGAGGUCGCUGUUUGCAGACUGCAACAUGGGCUGCCUGUGUUCAGGAAAGGACUGGGACCCUGUCUGUGGAGAGAAUGGCAUAACGUACAUCUCACCCUGUCUCGCAGGCUGCCAGUCCAACAGCGGCUCAGGGAAAAACACGGUGUUUAAUCGCUGCAGCUGCAUGGCGGCAACAGCAAGCUUGGGGCUGGGGAACCUUACAGCCACGCUGGGUCACUGCCAGGACAGGGAGGGGUGUAAACGGGUCUUCCCCUACUUCCUGGCCCUGUCUGUCAUCAGCUCCUUCGUCAUGUCACUGGGCGGGACGCCAGGCUACAUGCUGCUCAUCAGGUGCAUAAAGCCAGAGCUCAAGUCCCUAGCACUGGGACUGCAUACUUUGGCCACUCGAACCCUUGCGGGAAUCCCCGCCCCCAUAUACUUCGGUGCCAUCAUCGAUACCACGUGCCUGAAGUGGGGACACAAGAGGUGCGGAGGGAGAGGAGCCUGCAGGAUCUACAACACCAAGGCCUACAGGAUAGCGUACCUGGGCCUGACCCUGGGCUUACGGACCCUCUCCUUCUUCCUGUGCGUUCCCGGCUUCCUACUGCUGCGAAGACACGUCCAGCGGGAGGAGCGGACGGCCCUGACUGCCAACGGGGGCUCGGAGGUGGAGCCCCUGAGGAAGGAGGAGGCCAGCUCCCUGCACUGCGAGAGACUGGCCCAGAACUCAGACUGUGACCCAGACCCAGACAGGGAGACGCGACUGUGACCCUCAGAGCACGCCGCCCCCCCCCCCCCCCCCAAGUCCCUACGUGUGCCACUGAAGCACACAAACCCAGGUCAAAUGUCCAUACAAC